AUGCCUCUGUGUUCUCCGUGGCAGGCCAGCAAGGCCGAGGAGAAUGGCUCUGACAGCUUCAUGCACUCCAUGGUCCCACAGCUGGAGCGGCAAAUGGAGACCACCCAGAGCCUGGUGGAAUCCCAUGUGGCUGUUGUCAACAAGACCGUGUGGGACCUCAUGGUUGGUCUCAUGCCCAAGACCAUCAUGCACCUCAUGAUCAACAAUGCCAAGGAGUUCAUCUUCUUGGAGCUGCUGGCCAACCUGUACUUGCGUGGGGACAAGAACAUGCUGAUGGAGGAGUCAGCAGAGCAGGCACAGCAGUCAUAAACACAAUCAGCAUGCCCACGGGGGCCCGUGGGCAACUCCUGGCUGCAGGUUCAGAGCAUCCUAGCUGGAUGCAGGUACCAGGGCUG